AUGUCACCAAAAACUACAAUUCGAUUUUCCGAUACCACAUCGGCACUGGUGUGGAUUUCUCAGAAUGGUUCUCAGCUCCAAAACAUUUCUGACUAUCUUAGAGAUGAUCCAGAAAUUGUCAAGGCAGCUCUAUUGAAUCAUCUCAAUGCUUUUCAUUUCAUGUCAAAACGAUUAAAACUCGAUAGAGACAUGUGUCAUUUUGUGUUUCAACUUGUGGACAAUUAUAUGAAGAGUAAUGACCCGAAACAAGUGCAAUUCAUUCAACAGGAUUUCCUUCCCAAGAUGAAUAUCACUUCGAAACAUUUUCUUCAAGUUUUGCUGAAGGAAUAUCCUGAACUUUUCGAGUUUUUACCUGAAAAAUUCUAUUCCAGUUUCUCCUUGUCAUUACUUGUCGUGAAGCGAAAAGCAAGCAUGAUUCAACGGGUCAAAACAAACACUUGGUAUUUUCACAAAAUCUUGACACAUGCAUAUUCAACUGAUUAUUAUGAGACGAAUCGUUUCGAAUGGAUCAAUCAAGAAAUAAUUGAAAAGUCAAUGAAACCAUAUGCUUUAAAACAAGCGUUUGUCAUGAAAAACAAAUUAUUGAGCUAUUGUUCGGAAUUGAGAAAUGAUCACAUGGCAUCGUUUUCAGACAUUUCCAUUGUCUCUAUGUGUGAGAAACAAGUCUAUGAUUUUCAUUUUUAUUACAAAAAUCAAUAA